CGGCGGGGGAAGCCCGGCCUCGCUCCGGAGCUCCCCCGCCGCCCGGCUCGGCGCGCAGGUGGAGCGGUGCCGCCGCACGCACGGACCGACCCGCCGAGCCCAGCCCCGCGCCGCGCCGAGGGAGCAGCCCCGCGGCCCGCCCCGCGCCUCGCCCCGCUCCGCUCCGCCCGGCCCGGCCGCGCCGCAGCCGGCAGCAUCGCGGCGGGACUGCCCGGGGAUGCAGCCGCGCUAAGAACAAAAGCCCCUCUGCCGCGGUCACGCUCGCGGGGCUCUAAAGCGGCCCGGCCCGGCCAAACUUGGAUCUCUGCUCUUCUCGCCGAGCCGCGGCGGCGUCCGGGUUGAACUCGCCGGAGCCUUCCCCGCGGCAGCGCCCGAGAGCCGCGGCUCCCCCGCCCCGCUGCGCGCUGUCCCGCCGGGGCUGCCCGGGGAGGGAGGGAAGGAGGGGGCCGCGCCCGGACCCGGUACCGCCGCCGCAGGGGGGACCCCGACGGCCUCCCCGCUGCGGGACCUUGGCUUUGCCCUUCGCACGGCAGGUGGCGGGGCCAGCGGAGAAGGAUGCGUUUCUUCCCGUGGGGAUUUUGGCUGCUGUGUGUCGCCUCCGCCCCGGCUCGCGGUGACAGCGGCGGCAAGGCGAGGAGCUGCGCCGAAGUCCGGCAGCUGUAUGGGGCCAAGGGCUUCAGCCUCAGCGGCGUGCCCCAGGCCGAGAUCUCCGGGGAGCACCUGCGAAUCUGCCCACAAGGCUAUACCUGCUGCACCAGUGAGAUGGAAGAGAACUUUGCAAACAAAAGCCGAAGUGAAUUUGAAGCCAUGAUGAAAGAGGCUGGUCGCUCUGUGCAGAUGACUCUGACAGCGCAGCACAGAAGCUUUGACAGUUAUUUCCAGGAUUUGCUGAACAAGUCAGAAAAGGCCCUUUAUGAUGCUUUUCCAAGCCUAUAUGGAGAAUUGUACACUCAAAACAUGAAGGUCUUCAAGGACUUGUACAGCGAGCUACGCCGCUAUUACCGGGGCUCCAACAUCAACUUGGAAGAGGCCCUCAAUGAGUUCUGGACACGCUUACUGGAGCGACUCUUCAAGCUGAUGAAUCCUCAGUACCAUAUUACAGAUGAGUACCUGGACUGCAUGGUGAAACAUGCAGAGCAGCACAAACCUUUUGGUGAAGUCCCCAGGGACCUGAAGGUGAAGGCAACCCGAGCCUUCAUUGCAGCACGCUCCUACGCCCAGGGCUUUCUCGUGGGCAGUGACGUGGUCAAAAAGGUGUCUCAGGUAUCUCUCAGCCACGAAUGCACUCGUGCCAUCAUGAAGCUGAUGUACUGCCCGCACUGCCGGGGCAUGUCCAGCGUGAAGCCCUGCAACAACUACUGCCUGAACGUCGUGAAGGGCUGCCUGGCCAACCAAGCAGACCUGAACACCGAGUGGAAGUACCUGAUGGAUUCCCUGGUUGUAGUGGCUGAUCGGAUCGAUGGACCGUACAACGUAGACACUGUAAUAGGGACCAUUCACAUGAGGAUCUCUGAAGCUAUUUCUAACUUGCAAGAAAACAAAGAUUCGAUCACAGCCAAGGUUUUCCAAGGCUGUGGAAAUCCCAAAAUCAGCACGAAAGGCUCCAGCAGUGAGGACAAGAGAAGGUGGGGGAAGGUGGCGUUGGAAGCAAAGUCCUCUGCACAAGCACUGGAGAUGCUGGUUUUAGAUGCUAAAGGGAAUCUGACAGCUCUCAAGACUUACUGGAUCACCCUGCCUGGCAGCCUGUGCAGCAAAAAAGUAAUGGCCAGCUUGGUGGCAGAUGACAAGUGUUGGAACGGGAUGACCAAGGGCAGUUACCUGCCCGAAGUGAUGGGGGACGGUUUAGCUAAUCAGAUUAACAACCCGGAGGUAGAAGUGGACAUCACGAAGCCAGAUAUGACCAUUCGCCAGCAAAUCAUGCAGCUAAAGAUCAUGACAAACCGGCUGGGCAACGCUAACAUUGGGAAUGAUGUGGAUUUCCAAGAUGCAAGCGACGACAUGAGCGGCUCUGGGAGUGGUGACAGUUGUCCCGACGAUGUCUGUGGCAAAAGACUCUCUAAGAGCCCCAGCACCAGGCAGCCAGAAACGCACGCUAUUCCUAAGCAGUCUGGACAUGGCAUCAAUGGGGCCAGCAGCAGAUCUUUGCCUUCUGCCUUCCUCCUCCUCCUUUCGGUGGCUUUCAUUGCCGCGCAGCACUUGUGGCGGUAACUCUCUAGCACAGCCAGGAAAGAGACUGCGGCCGAGGGCUUCACUUCGCCAAAACCAACCAACCAACAACCAAAGGACGUAUUUAAUUCACCUUGGCAAAAAAAAAAAAAAAAAAGGAAAAAAAAAGGAAAAAAAAGUAAGAGGGAGAAGAAAAAGGUUUCGGUUUUUUGCUAUUUCUGGCAGUGCUCGAGCUGUUUUCUUCUUUGUUGGUCUUCUCCCCAGUGCUGGGCCCUUCUUUCCGUACCUCAUUGUUUUACUUUUGUUACUGCCACAACCUGGCUCUUGGGGCUGAAACAAGCCUUUGCUGAGAGGCCUCCAGCGCAGCUCUUGUGCUGCUCGGCCUCCAGUGGAAUAUGCAAUUCAUGCAAUUGCCCUGAUCUCCUCACCCAGCCGCUGCCGGAGCGCCGCUUGCCAUAGAGCUGCCCAAGCCACGACGGUGCCGGGAGCAGCGCCACUUGGGAAUGCCGAGAGACUGAGCUCGUCAGCGCUGCUCAAGGGCUGCAUUCAGGGGCUCUUUGGGGUUUUCCCUCUGUACUUCCUAGGCAGACAGAGAUGGCCCUUCGCUUCCAGCAGCAUACACAGGAGUGUGAGCAGGUUUGGUGGGUUGAGCUGAAACAGUUUGGCAGUGGACCCAAAAAUGCAGAACUCCCUUUUUACUUUGGAAAGGUCACAAGUGGGUUUCUUGACUAGAGCUCGUAGCUGACGACAAUAUGAAAUGUAGGUCUCCUACAUCUAAGUGACUGGGAAUGAGUGUUAGGGGUUGGGGUUUGGUGUAUUUUUUUCUUUGCAUGCUAGUUGGAAAGCCAUUUUUUACCCAAGUAAUAAUGGUCCAAUUUCUACCUGCAGUGCGGUACCGUCGUAGGUAACAGAGAGAUGAAAAUAUGCACAGUGGGAUUCUCCACUUGACAGACAGUUGUGCUGCCUCUUCCUCCUCCUCUGGCCUCAGCUGUGGAUGGGAAUCCCUUUUAUUUGUUGGUAAUAAGAAAAACCAGGGACUUCUUACUAACCGGAGCUUUGCAACUGGUUGUGAGAGCUGAGUGACACCCCCCCCCCCCCCCCAGGCCCAGGCCUCGUUGCUGCCAGCCCCAAUCCUUAAAGGGCAGAUUGGGGCUGGUAGCUACUAGCCCUGGGCAGUGCCCCUGUGCAGGCUGAGGUAGCACAUAUUGGGGGGGGGGAUGCGAGGAUGGGACACGUUUUGUUUGGGUUGUUCUUUUUCUUUUGGUGUUUGUUCCUGUUGCAUUGUAGGUUUUUAAGUGAAUUCCCGUUCUCCCUGUCCUGCGAUGCACCUUCCCUAGCCUCUGCAGGGAUGGGGCAUGACAGCGGGUCAGACACCCGCUGGCAGCUCCGUUUUGGCUCAGGGAAGGGCCAGGCUCACCCUCUGCCACCCCAUCCCAUCACACACCAGCCUCUGGAACACACAGGUUCCUAACCCUGAAAUGGUUGGUAGGGUGGGCUCCGUGAUGGGUUUUGAGGCUGGGGGUGGCUGGUGAAUGAUAUAAAUAUCCCCGUGUAGCUGUAGGAGUGUCGGUGCUUGUAGGGCUGUGUGCUUUGGGGCUUCCAGAAGGCUUCUGUACCUGACGAGUACAGCAAGCGCUGGCUGGAGGUGUAGGUUUAGCUGAUGUUAUAGAUACAACACAGUCACUGUGACUGGUUUGGCCAAGAGCUCACCAUGGGGUUGGGCUUCAUUCGUAAGGGAUUGGGUUUGAGUUUCAAAUGUGUUUGUACCGCGGGUGAAAGGGAGGGCAGAGGCCUAUCCAUCUCCUGCUUUACUGGUCUGCACAGCAAAUGUUUGAGCAUUUCUCCUCUGUCCUACCAGAGGAGAUGUGGUUUUGGGCUGAGCAAAUGUUAUGGGGUUGGGGUUUGGCUGUUUUCUAAGGAGGGGGGCGGGGGGACGACAACAAAAAACCCAUUUUUAACAUUAGCAGUUUCUAGAAUGUGCAAUUUAAGGCAAGACGAGAACAUGAUCAAGGUUGACACCAAAAACCAGUGCAGGUGGGAAAUGUCAUCCCUGUGGUGAUGGUCCCACCUGGGGUUGAUGGUACCUCAAACCAGGCAGAGAUUUUAGGCCAGUUUUGACUGGCUUCCCCAGGUCACAGUGACCAGUGCUGCUGACUUGGUGUCCUUUCUGCCUUGUGCUCAACUCUGUUUAAGGCUGAGCCUGAUCUAAUUUGGUAGGGUUUCAGAAAUGAAAGCCAGGAUGCUGGAUGUUGGCUAAAGGACAGACAACACCACUAAGAGCCAUCAGAACCCAGGAGUGGAUAGAUACAAGUCAUGGAUUUAUACAGAUUUAUUUACUUCUAGAAAUAUGGCACGUUCUACAUUAAUUUUAAUGCUCUAAAGAGUUCCCGUCUUUUUAUUGUCCUUUGUUUUAACCAGAAUCGCCAAUAUAAAUUUAGCCUUCAGUUACAGAAAUCUCCACAACCAGUCCUGCAGAACCUUUACAUCCAAAGGUUUAACACAUGGAUGCCGAGGUCAGUAUUCUUUGCAGAAUGGGAGAUUGAAAGGAAAGUCUUUGUCAUUCCCAGCUGUGUGCAGUUAGCAUUCGCUGUCAGCCUCUUACCCUCAAAAGCUUACUACUGGCCUCAAGGGAGCACACCUUAAAUGUGAAGCCAAGAACUGACCGAUCGUCCAGUUAAUAUUUUAACAAUUUAAUAGCCCAAAUUAUCAGUCCUGUUACAGUGAUAAAAUUUGAUAGUCCAAAUUACUUCAUUAAUAAGGCAAAGCCUCAAGGAUGCCAUAAAAAUUGUUAUGCAGGAGAAACCCUGAUGCCUGGGCUCAAGCUUCAGUGUCCCUCCAGGCCCCGAGGGCAACUGCUUCAUUCCCCUGGAGCCGAGCUGGGGUUGGAGCAGCAUCAGCAGCCUCAGGUCUGCACAGGCAGUGCCGGGGCUCUUCCCACUUUUUGCCAGGAGACACAUGGUGUUGGUGUUGAUGCUUCCCCUCUCCUCGGCCCUGGCUCUGCUUGGGUUUAUUCUGUACCUUUCCACACGCUCUGCCUGUGUCGCUGCCCUGUGUCAGUUCUUGGUUAUCCAGGUUUUCUGUUCUCUUUGUUGCCCUGAAGUGGUUUCCCUGACCCGCUGCGAUCCAGUGACGCUGGGGCUGUGCUUGGCCGUGCCACCGAAAUGGCUGAGUGCCCCCAGAUACCGACUCGGUAUUGCUCUGAACUAAAGCAAACCUAAAGCAAACCAUAGUUACCUGACAGCUAGGCAACCGCUAGCACGGCUCAACAAGCUGAAGUCAAGCCCCGAGCCUGCGCUCGGACUGGAGCCUUUCAGUGCUUAUAAAUGACAUUUCCUGGGCCACUGCCUGCUGGAAAACAUUGUGACAAAGCUCUUCAGCCCCCUGGCUGUGCUGGCUGAGGGCUGCAGCCACGGCAGGGGCUGGUGGGUGCCAUGGGUUGGUUACGUGACUGGGGAGCUCUGAGGAAUGGGGGUGGCUGGGGAGGAAUGUUUGCUUUGAUGUUCUCGAGGUGGUGAUUUGUGGUGUCCUGGUUUGGAAAGGCCUCGUACUUCACAGGGAUGAGGAGGGGGUGGGGGUCUAGGAAGAAUAUUAACAAGGACCCUGUCCCUGGGAAGGGGAGAACCAGAUAUAGUGAAUUCCCAAGUGUCUCUGUCUUUCAGCCUGCUCUUUUGUGCCAUAACGUGUAUGUUUUAACUAAGGGCGAGGGUCUCAAAAGGCUUUGAGAGCACAGCUACUUAUCAUUUACAGAUGACAAGCUGCCUGUUGUUUUCCGGUGGGCUUGGCAGGGGCUAAGGUAUAGCAAAAUAUCUAAAGUCCACCUUUGCUUUAAACAGAUGCAUUUCUAUCUGCAGGAGUAAGAAUUAUUUCACUUAUUGGCAUAGCUGCACAGUUAUCUAUUUCUUUCUGUUACCAAGGUACUUGUAACUCUCUUGCACUGUUUAUCUAAAGUUGAAAUAUGUUCUUUGAAUCCUUGUAUAAAUAAAAAGGCUGGAGACUUACAUCUGUA